CCUCAUCCUGUUCGCCAUCAUCUACCUUAAAACCUCCUCUAAUUUCCGUUCAAUUUCAGCCUCUCAGAAUAGUUCUUCAUCUUCUGCUUGUACAGAAAACACAAUACAUUGAGAUUAGUAGCAAAUCAAGCCAAAGCUUGACACCAACAUUGCCAUGGCUCAGUCAGCAUGCUACGUGACCCUGGAUGUCUUCACGGCCAAAAGAUUCAAGGGCAACCAAGUCGCUGUCGUGGAGGUUCCCAACGAACCGUUGUCGACCAAGCACAUGCAGAUGAUUGCUCGAGAAUUCAACUUCUCCGAAACGGUUUUUCUGCAUCGCCCAGACCCAGCUCAAAGACCUAAGAUCAACAUCUUCACCCCUGUGAAUGAAAUGGACUUUGCUGGGCAUCCAGUCAUCGGCACCGGUCAUGUCUUAUUUCGCCAGCUUCUAUCCAACCCUAAGUACGCUACAAAGUCGACACCAAAGUCUCUCGAAAUCCAAAUCAAUGCCGGAAUUGUCUCCGUCCAAUAUGACUCGGAGAAGCAAACUGUGUCCGCCCAGGUGCCACACAAUGUCCACAUCCACAGAGUGGGUGCGCCAUUGAAGAGCAUCGUGGAUACCCAGCCAGGACUUGCAAUCAGCGACGAAGUCAAGGAUUCAUUCCCGUUAGUCUCCAUCGUGAAGGGAGUUACCUACGCCCUGGUGGAUUUUACGAAGCAGCCUGACUUGUUCGCUUCCGUGAUGCCUGGCCCGUGUCCUGUUACUCCGCUCGACGCUGAAUGGGCACCGUCAUUCACGGGUGUGAUGUAUUACAGAGUUUUGGGUACUCGAAUCGAGCAAGACAAGAAAGUUUGGGAUCUUCGAGUGCGCAUGAUUGCCAUCAAUCUGGAGGAUCCGGCUUGUGGCAGCGGCUCAUGCUCGUUGGGGGUAUACCUUGCUCUAGAAGACGGUAAAGCAAACGGCUCUUACAGAUUCUACCUAGACCAGGGGUCGGAGAUUGGGAGAGACAGCAGUAUAAUUGUGGACAUUGUGCUUAAUGAACGUGGAGAUGGGGUGGCUUCGGUGUUGCUUUCUGGUCAGGCAGCGCCUGUAACGGAGGGAAAGAUCAUGUUGCCUGAAUGAUGGGAUCCUGGCUAGUAGUCACAUCAGCUAACAUAUUGUCAAUCCUUAAUCAUCGUUUAUUCA